GCUCGGCGCUCGCCGGCGCUGCCGACGCUCGGUGUUCGGCUCCCCCCGGCGGCCGGUGUGUGAGCGGAGGGACCCCCGGUCCGUCGGUCCGUCCGUGUCCGUCCCCUCCACCGCCGGCGACAUGUCCACCGCCAUGAACUUCGGCACCAAAAGCUUCAAACCGCGGCCGCCGGACAAGGGUGCCUUCCCGCUGGAUCACUUCGGGGAGUGCAGCGCUUUCAAGGAGCGGUUCAUGGAGUGCCUCCGCCAGAGCGGCUACGAGAGCGGGGCCUGCCGGCAGCGCGCCAUGGCCUACCUGGAGUGCCGCAUGGAGAGGCAACUUAUGGCAAAUGAACCACUGGAAAAAUUGGGAUUUAAAGAUCUGAUAGAUGAGAAAUCAGAAGCAAAACCUGAAAAGUUGUAAUGAAGACAGACAACUUCACUCCUCAUGUAUGGAAAGCAUAACUCUUGUGUAGUACAUAUUGUACGUUCUGUUGCAAUAGGAAGAGUUUCCUGAAGGAACCUUUUUUCAAAGUUUAGUUUUCUUAAAAUAAGAUAUUUCUUUAAAAUGAGCAAAA